GUUGAAGCGGUUGGAAUUAUGGAGGGAUAAUAUAAUUAGUCCACCUAUAACGAAAGAAUUUCUUUGUAAUUUAGCUCAAUAUCAAGCUAAACAAUUGGACUCUCUUAAAUUGGUAGAUUGUUCAUCAUUUGAUGAGGAAAAGGCCUCGUUGGUAGCUCAAUUGGAAAAUUUAAAAAUUUUACAUUGCAUCUGUAAUCCCUGUGAUGAGGCAAUAAUGGAAACAUUUUCCAAUUUAAGUAAAUUGGAAGAACUUUAUAUAAAUAAUUCCUACUUUAUAACCAAUCAUUCAGUUUUACAACUUUUAAGCAAAAGUCCUAGAGUUAAACGUCUUAAUUUAAAAUCUUGUGGCUUAAUAACCGCAGAUCUCAUAGUCAAUCUUCUCUACUUGCUAAAGCAACAACGUUUACUUCACAGCGAUCGUGUGCAAAUAGAUCUCAACCCUUAUAAGUUUUCGGAUAAAAUUUCGGAAAUUGAACUGGAAGACUCACCGAAUGUUUUAAAAUUUUCUUACAAAUAUUUGACACAUGAUUAUGAAUGUCUAACACAAACGAUAAAAAUCCUUAAAUAAUUUUCAGAAAUAUUAUAGUUCAAUGAUCAUAUAUGAUCUAUAGAUAUAAGUCUAGCAAAAUUUAUUUAUUUUUUUAAUAUUUAUUAUCAAAUUU